UAAUGCCGAGGUGCAUAGUCACAACCCAUGAGUAGCAGCUGUUGUCGACUAACUGAGCUCUGUGAUCAGGACAUCGAGCUGAGACGAGGUGAGGAGCUCGGAAAGGUUGAACCUCAGAGAUCUACAACACCGGUGGAUACCUCAACUCAUUCUAAUAAUCAAAUGUCUCAGAUGACUCAAUCUCAAUGAUUUGACUGAUUAAUGAAGAGGGGAGUGUUCAACUUACUACUUGCUGUGCAGACUGAGGAAUGGAGGGGAACCAGUUUAAGGGAGUCACAGUCAAAACCAGGAAAAUAAAGCCCUAUUGUACUAAUGACACAUGAACGCCUCUCCCUCAGAUAAGGCAUGGCAGCCUGCGAGGAUACAGAGGGCAUUCUGACGCCUGUGGAUUUUAUCCAGCUGCAGGAAUACAUGGAAGACAGCAAUUUGAGGGUUAAAGAUGUGAUCAAGGAGUUUCAGAGUGGGGGUCGGCUGGCCCAGCACGGGAUUGGAGAGGGUGUGACCGCAGAAGGGUUCUGCCUCUUCCUCAAAACCUACCUGGAGGUUGACGACUUUCCUGACGAUUUUUGCCAGCGCCUUUUCCGCUACUUCCAAUGUGUGGAGCAGGAUGGCUCGACGGCAAGACCCCAGGCCAAGGAUGUGGUGUUUCUCCGUGAUGUGUCCUGUUACUUCUCAGUGCUGGAGGAAGGGCAGCCGCGGGAGAAGCUGGAAUUUACUUUCAAACUUUAUGACAAAGAUGGUAAUGGCCUCCUGGAUAGCGCGGAAGUGGAUCGGAUCAUCAACCAGAUGAUGCGAGCAGCGGAUUACCUGGGCUGGGAUGUUGCUGAGCUCCGAUCUGUGCUGAAGGAUAUGAUGACGGCGAUCGAUGUGGAUGACAGUGGCACAGUCACACUGGAAGAAUGGCUGAAAGGAGGCAUGAACAAUGUGCCUUUACUAGUUCUGCUUGGACUGAAGGUGCCGGAGAAGGAUGGACAGCAUAACUGGAGAAUGAAGAAUUUUAAAAAACCAGCCUACUGCUGUGUUUGUCAGAGCAUGCUACUUGGACUCAGGAAGCAGGGGCUCUGCUGUAACUGUUGCAAGUAUACUGUCCAUAGUCAGUGUUCCAACAAGAAUCCUGAACCCUGUGCGCCAACUUUCGUCAAAGCUAAACAACAGCUUAGGGUACCAUCUCACGACUGGGUCCGAACCGACCGCAGCGCCCCCAAAUGUCAAGUUUGCCAAAAGAAGAUUAAAACUUUAGCCGGACGGCGUUGUGUGUGGUGUCAAGAAAUGCGCCAUGAUGAGUGCAUCUUCUCUGCAUUGUCGACCUGCGACUGUGGACCACUCAAAGAUCAUAUACUCCCUCCAUGGGCCAUAUAUGCUGACUCCAAGGAGAAAGACACCAGCCUGUUGAACAUCACUCCUGAUGGCCACAUUUUACAGGUUGUUGCCGUUCCUGACACUCGCCCGCUGCUGGUGUUUGUAAACCCAAAAAGUGGAGGAAAGCAGGGUGAACGAGUUCUCAGCAUGUUUCAGUACCUGCUGAACCCGCGUCAAGUGUACAACCUAUCAAAUGGAGGCCCCGGCCCGGGGCUACAUUUCUUCCGUAAUCUGCGUGACUACAGGAUCUUGGCAUGUGGGGGAGACGGCACGGUUGGGUGGCUCCUGGAUGCCAUAGACAAAGCUAAUCUCCAGGUGCACCCUCAAGUGGCUAUCCUGCCCUUGGGUACCGGGAAUGACUUGGCUCGCUGUCUGCGCUGGGGAGGAGGCUAUGAUGGGUCUGACUUGAGAGAGAUCCUCAAGGACAUAGAGGAAAGUGAGCUCAUCCACAUGGACCGUUGGAACAUUCAGGUGAUCCCAAAUGAUCCGAAUCAAACUGGAGACCCGGCGCCCAGCCAGAUCAUCAACAACUAUUUCUCCGUAGGAGUGGAUGCUUCUAUUGCUCAUCGUUUUCAUUCCAUGAGAGAGAAAUACCCUCAGAGGUUCAACAGCAGAAUGAAAAACAAGCUUUGGUAUUUGGAGUUUGCCACAUCUGAGACUAUCAACUCCUCUUUCAAGAAGCUUGCAGACUGUCUCACAAUUGAGUGCAGCGGGACGCGUUUGGACCUGAGCAGCGUCUCUCUGGCAGGCAUUGCUGUCAUCAAUAUACCCAGCAUGUACGGCGGCACCAACCUGUGGGGCGAGUCCAAGAAGCCUGAUGGUCCACCAGAUGUGACGCACCACGAUGUCAUCACCGAUCCAGACAUUCUUAAAACAACACCACAAGACAUGACGGAUAAGCGUCUGGAGGUGGUAGGUCUGGAAGGGGUGAUAGAAAUGGGUCAGAUCUACACUGGACUGAAGAGCGCUGGGCACAGACUGGCACAGGCUUCCCAAAUUACAAUCAGGACAUUCAAAUCCUUGCCAAUGCAAAUUGAUGGUGAGCCUUGGAUGCAGCCUCCUUGUACAAUCAACAUCACCCACAAGAAUCAAGCUCGCAUGUUAAUGUGUCCUCCAGCAAAGUCAUGCAGCUUCUUUCACAAGUAGAACCGCCUUUUUCCACCGAGAGACUCCCAAUAACAAUAUAUUGAAAUAGAAUGGAAAGACAUGGCUCUGUGUUUUGAUUGGAUGGUUGAAUUAAACAGCAUUAUCUGUCUGGUGUACUGCAACUGCUGCCAGUAAGGAAUGAAUGCUGUUGUUGUGUGACAGUUUAAAUGAAUGCCACCGUUUUUUUAUGGAUUAGAAAAAAAAGGAAAUCACAUUUUAGCACAAUGUUGGAUGCUGGCCUAAUACCUUUUCAUGCACUUACUGCAUCGUAUAUCAUCAUGUGUUUAUUUCAGUGUUUAAAUGUUAAUAGGUGUGAGGACAAACAUUUAAAAAGACAUUAAUCGAAUGUGUGUGCAUUUUUGAAUGGGCCUGUCGGCAUAACUUGGACACCAUGUUCCUGCAUCCUAUUCAUACGUGUAGUGUAAUGCUAGCUAUCCUAUUGAUGUAACAUGUAGAUGAAAUAUGUAAUGAAUGUACAGUAGUGGAUCUUGAUGUCUGACAAUGCAUUGCUGUUGCAUUAUUUGUGGUUGCUGGUUUUAUUUUGAUAUUAAAUGUUGGGAACUGCACCCAUUUCAAUGCACUUGUGCCAAAUUCAAAGCCUUAUUAUAUCCCAGAGAUUAUAUCACAGUAUGUACGAGUA